UGGAGCAUUGCAUAUUCGUCGUAGAACUGACUGAGCAACUCUAAUUUUAUUUAAGUUGGUUUUUGACGCGAUGCCGUAAACUUGAAUUGCUUAUUUCCAUAUGGGGCUGAGGAUGGACUUGUAUAUCGUGACUUUGCUGUACAGCGAUAGCUUAUUUCUUGGUGCAAGUAGCCACGCCAUCUUUCCCGCUUUCGCCAUCACAGACUGUCGAACCAUGGUAGUAUGGGUUUUGAAAUUUAGUGACCUGUCGAGUACAACACCCAGGUAAAACUGAGUGCAUCACAACUAUUCUUCCAGAUACUCAACCAGUGCUACGGAAUCCUCACGCUUCUGCUGAAUACUUUGGACUAGAAUAAUCUUGCACUUCUGAACAAGCUUAUAUUUCACUUAUGCUCGUAUGUGUAUCACCGAUUCCCACAUUAAACACACCCCUCCCUGGUAAUCUUUGCUCUUCUUUUGGUCGAUAGUGUAUCGAAUCGUGCCAAGACAAUGAAGCAAAUUGCACAUAACAUAUGGUACUGCCGCCGAGCAUAAUAAUCGCUAUUCUUGUUGCUCCAAUCCUAAAGUGAAUCCUAUGUAUGUACAUAUGGCACACUGACUUUCAGUCGAACAAAUGCUUAUUCGCUGUGGUUCAGUGCUCAGGGUGUGGUUCGCCCCUUGGUAGUGAAUGCACCAAAGGCACUUAUUUAUUAAUUGGAUUUUUCACCAAAGGAUUAUAUAAUUUCCCGAUGGCUUUUCUUCAGAAAUGGAAAUUUUCACAGAUAUCCAGAGCGUAAGAAAAAAGCGAAAAAGAAAUUUUCCAGCCAGUGCCAUCCCUCAUAAUUAAACCAAAAAUAAACUUUCGACGAAAUUUAGACGGUUAUGUAAAACUCAUACUCGUACCAAUCGAGCGGGAAGGGAACGUUGUGAGCCGAGGCUAGGGCAGCGAUGUACAUCACUUGCAGGGCUACAGCUGAUCUUGGGUUUACAUCAUGACAUCGUAUGCAUUUAGAUGCACAUUUGGGAACACUAUGCAACACCACAUACCUACUGUGAACCCACCUGACUUUUUAUGAUCGAUUUGGGGCCUUCCAAAUGUUUGAUAAUUUUUUUCUCAUAUCUUAAGAUAUAAUACAUCUGGUCCCAAAGAAUUUAUUUCGACUUUUCCCGAGUUUUUAAAGCCAAAAUCCCACUACCAAAAUUGUAGAAAAAUAUAUCGCAAAAAAUUAUUAAAUUAACAAUCCCACCAAUUCGGUUUGGUUGCAUAUCCCCUACCAAAGGCAGAGACAGAGACAUUCAAAGAGAAGUGUGUGUGUACGAGCAUGUGUGCCUUUCAAUGUUCCGAGCUCGAUAAUCACUUGACUCAUUAUUCCAAUCAUUAAGUGGAGAGGAACACGUGCAAGUAUGCCAAUAAUUGUAUUUUUAAAGACCAUUCGGAGGUAUUUUUCCCUGGAGACCCUAACAAGCAGCUGUGAAAUUCUCGCCAAUCAAUUGCGAGAGGGAACAUUUUUAAUGGCCCACUAGCGGGCGUACCUUGACGUCCUCCAAGAAGCCCCUUUCGUCGCUCAUUCAUUCUGCACAGCCAGUACGGUACGGAUUGUACGGACUUGAAGAUGGUCGAACCAUCUGGCGAACGGGUCGGAUUUCGUCUGAGCAAGAAAUGGAAGAGAUUCGUGAAGCCGUAUGCCCCGUUCAGGAGGGUUUAUAGGACCCCGUCAAAGUGUCCCGAGCACACGGUGCCAUACCUAAACCGAGAACAGCUAAUAAGCACGGGAUACUACCCGAACUCUACGCAAAACAGCGUGCCUGGCCAGAGGUCCUAUCAUGUGUUUCUUUUGGUCAAGGGUACCAUAUUAUUCAGCUCAAUAUUAUACGCCGCUUCUGAAUCCCUGGACGACAUUGUGGAAUUGGGACGGGAUCUCGCGUUCAUAAUAGCGUCGUUUUUCAUAUAUUUCAAGUAUAUAUAUUUCCUGCUGUAUGCCGAUAACGUGGACGAGGUAAUCGAUGGCCUCGAGGAGUGCUACCGUUGGGAGAGAGCGGGCCCGGCUGCUGCAGGAGUGCGAUCGGCAAAGCGCUUGCAUUAUCUGAUUGUCAUCGGAAUGCAAAUAAUUUGGGUGGUUUCCAUGAUCAUUUAUAUAGUGCUAUUAAUUUCGACGCCAUUUUUGACACAACAGGAGUUGCCGUUCCAUGCAGCCCAUUCGUUUUACUUGCACGAUCCUUUGAGGCAUCCGAGAAUACACAUUCUCAUCUACUUAUCACAAUCUUUCGACAUUCUAUACUACCUCACGUGGCUGACCGUUACCGAGUGCAUGUCCGUGUCCAUUUAAUCCCAGCUGACGACUGCGUUGAGUGUCCUGUGCGUUGAGCUUCGCCACCUCCACCUCCGAUGGGAGAUCCAUCGUCUGGUCAAAUAUCAUCAGAAGAUAAUCAAGUAGGAUCGUCCACUAAAGUAUCCCUUUUUCAGACUUGUGGAUCGAUGCAAUGAGGUAUUCCACGGUCCUUUAAUCAUGCAAAUGAUCGUCAACUUCUUGCUGGUCUCCCUGUCGGUCUUCGAGGCAAUGAUGGCCAGGCACGACCGCAAGGUGGCAGGCCAGUUCAUACUUCUAAUGAUCUUGGCCUUGGGUCACCUGUCGAUGUGGACGAAAUUCGGGGACAUGAUGUCGCAGGAGUCGCUGGAAGUGGCCGAGGCUGCAUACGAUGCCUGCGACCCAAGUGUUGGGUCCAAGAAAAUCGAUGGCAAUAUUCGCCUUAUAAUGUUGCGUGCCCAGGAACCAUUGAUCAUGAGAGCUACUCCAUUUCCCACUUUUAAUAUGAUUAACUACAAGGCCAUACUCAACCAGUGCUACGGAAUCCUCACGCUUCUGCUGAAUACUUUGGACUAGAAUAAUCUUGCACUUCUGAACAAGCUUAUAUUUCACUUAUGCUCGUAUAUGUAUCACCGAUUCCCACAUUAAACACACCCCUCCCUGGUAAUCUUUGCUCUUCUUUUGGUCGAUAGUGUAUCGAAUCGUGCCAAGACAAUGAAGCAAAUUGCACAUAACAUAUGGUACUGCCGCCGAGCAUAAUAAUCGCUAUUCUUGUUGCUCCAAUCCUAAAGUGAAUCCUAUGUAUGUACAUAUGGCACACUGACUUUCAGUCGAACAAAUGCUUAUUCGCUGUGGUUCAGUGCUCAGGGUGUGGUUCGCCCCUUGGUAGUGAAUGCACCAAGGGCACUUAUUUAUUAAUUGGAUUUUUCACCAAAGGAUUAUAUAAUUUCCCGAUGGCUUUUCUUCAGAAAUAGAAAUUUUCACAGAUAUCCAGAGCGUAAGAAAAAAGAGAAAAAGAAAUUUUCCAGCCAGUGCCAUCCCUCAUAAUUAAACCAAAAAUAAACUUUCGACGAAAUUUAGACGGUUAUGUAAAACUCAUACUCGUACCAAUCGAGCGGGAAGGGAACGUUGUGAGCCGAGGCUAGGGCAGCGAUGUACAUCACUUGCAGGGCUACAGCUGAUCUUGGGUUUACAUCAUGACAUCGUAUGCAUUUAGAUGCACAUUUGGGAACACUAUGCAACACCACAUACCUACUGUGAACCCACCUGACUUUUUAUGAUCGAUUUGGGGCCUUCCAAAUGUUUGAUAAUUUUUUUCUCAUAUCUUAAGAUAUAAUACAUCUGGUCCCAAAGAAUUUAUUUCGACUUUUCCCGAGUUUUUAAAGCCAAAAUCCCACUACCAAAAUUGUAGAAAAAUAUAUCGCAAAAAAUUAUUAAAUUAACAAUCCCACCAAUUCGGUUUGGUUGCAUAUCCCCUACCAAAGGCAGAGACAGAGACAUUCAAAGAGAAGUGUGUGUGUACGAGCAUGUGUGCCUUUCAAUGUUCCGAGCUCGAUAAUCACUUGACUCAUUAUUCCAAUCAUUAAGUGGAGAGGAACACGUGCAAGUAUGCCAAUAAUUGUAUUUUUAAAGACCAUUCGGAGGUAUUUUUCCCUGGAGACCCUAACAAGCAGCUGUGAAAUUCUCGCCAAUCAAUUGCGAGAGGGAACAUUUUUAAUGGCCCACUAGCGGGCGUACCUUGACGUCCUCCAAG